AGAAUAAGAAUAGGCUGUCGCUGCUUGAUGACGUAUUGCGCUUCGGUGACCGUGAGUCGUUUGACAUGUUGAGAGGAACGUGCUGGUAACACAAUGAUGAACUUAGCCACAUUAGUGCACAGCCUCAGAUGCUCCCUGCUCCACAUUGAAAGCAGACUUCUGCAGGUGGCGGGACUGGAGUCACACCUGGGUCCUGCGCUUGCAGUGAAUGGCCCCAGCAUCCUGCCCCAGGGCCACCAGGAGGAGCCACUAGAACCAGCAGAGGAGCAGCCUUCUGAGCUUCUGGACGGUAUCCUGUGGAUGGCAGCACCUAAGAAAAGACGAACUAUAGAGGUUAACCGCACCAGGAGGAGGUCUGACAGCAAACUUAUCAAAGUCAAGACAAACAUUGAGCCAUGUCCAGAGUGCGGCCACUUGAAACAGAAACACAUCCUGUGUGGUUUCUGUUAUGCCAAGGUGUGCAGGGAGACUGGCCUGAUUCGUCAGCAGAUUCAAGCAAUGGAAGGAGGCCCACUGAGGGCCCCAUCUGUGGAGACAGUGGUGUUGUAUGAGAAUGAGACACCAGGUCAGCAGGACAAAGACAAGAGGAUAGUGGAGAGGCCUAGAAAGAGGCCUGCGUGGUUCAGCUACUGAUUGCAGUUCACUGAGAUAUUAAGGCUCCUUUAUUUACAUACCUUUGGUGUGAGACAGAUCUGGUCAUUUACACUAUGAUUUUCUAGACUAAGUGGACAGCUUAUGCUGUACAAAAUGUUUUCCAAAACAUCAAGGAGGUAGAUAUAACAAUAAAUGGAUGUUUAUUUCAGCAGAGCUUGUAGAGGGAAGGCAUUUUCUUUAACAUACUAUGUUUGUACAAAUUGUCUUUUCUGUAACAGAUUGUCAGACUUCAAGUAAAGUCUGAAUGUAUUUGAAUGUUUAAGAAUAAAUUCAUUAUUAACAAGA